ACAGAAGAAGAAGCGAAUUAACCAACAACAACAACAAUGACGCAUGGUGUUAGGAGAUGUAAAAAAAGAUAUACUUUAUACCGUCAACGGGAGAGAUAAUUAACGAAACAAAAGGAGGCAACGGAAAAACAACUUUUUUACUAUCAUUUUUUCCCCAUACACAUGAUUUUGCUCUUCAUCUGUGAAUACGGAUAGUAGGAGCAACAUUUCGCAAUCUAUUUUGCAUGCAGUUGAGCGCGCAAACUGGACUAUAAUAUUUUUCCUCGGUUAACCUGUGAACACGACUGUUAUAUCAUUUAUUGAAGCUUUUUAUUUUAACUGUAUCAGGCGUACAUUUUGAAGGUGUUUUAUGAAACCUUUAUUUUUGACUGCUACGGUUUACCCCUGUGCUCACAGCAAGAUGUGUUGAGCUCUUUACUAUAGCUGUGUCGUCGGGGAUUGUAGACUGCAUAGACAUUUGCGCUACAUUCGAGUGAAACCAACUGGGAAAUACCAAUAAACACGGAAUACAAUGACUAUGUCUGUCCCGGAGAGCAAUUCAGGGUCCGAGGGGAAGGAGGAGGAGAGUGAAGAUGAGAGUGAAAUCCUGGAGGAAAGCCCAUGCGGUCGCUGGCAAAAGCGAAAAGAGCAGAUCAGUCAAGGUAAUGUCCCAGGUGUUGAGAGUGCUUCACUGGCCAUGGACACAGAGGAGGGAGUGGAGGUGGUGUGGAAUGAGGUGCUCUUCAAUGACAGGAAGGUCUUCAAGGCACAGGAGGAAAAGAUAAAGGAGAUGUUUGAGAACCUGAUGCAGGUUGAGCACCCAAAUAUAGUCAAGUUCCAUAAGUACUGGCUGGACAUGAGAGAGAGUCAAGCUCGGGUCAUCUUUAUCACAGAGUACAUGUCCUCAGGAAGCCUAAAGCAGUUUCUCAAGAAAACCAAGAAAAACCACAAGACCAUGAAUGUCAAGGCUUGGAAGAGAUGGUGUACCCAAAUUCUCUCUGCCCUCAGUUACCUGCACUCCUGUGAGCCGCCCAUCAUCCAUGGCAACCUGACCUGUGACACCAUCUUCAUCCAACACAACGGCCUCAUCAAGAUUGGCUCAGUAUGGCACCGGUUGUUUGUGAAUGCUGUCUGUCUUGUCCUCCCAGUGUUUCCGGAGGCCAGUGUUCAUGGUAAAGUCCGUGCACACCGAGACGAGCAGAGGAACCUGCACUUCUUCUCUCCUGAAUACGGCUCGGCUGAGGAUGACUAUGCCAUUGACAUCUUCUCCUUUGGGAUUUGUGCUCUAGAGAUGGCUGUCCUGGAAAUCCAGGCUAAUGGGGAUGCUGUUGUGUCCAAGGAGGCCAUCACCAACGCAGGCCAGUCUUUGGAGGAUCCCCUCAUGAGAGAGUUCACCCAGUCAUGUGUACGUCAUGAAGCCAAGCAGCGGCCCACAGCCCACGACCUGCUAUUCCACCGCGUGCUGUUUGAGGUCCACUCCCUCAAGCUUCUGGCUGCCCACUGCCUCAUCAGCAACCAGUACCUGCUCCCAGAGAACUGUGUGGAGGAGAAGACCAAGUCCUUUGAUCCCAACGGUCUCAUGGCGGAGAUAAAACAUGGCGACCGGCCUGGUGUGCAGCUCAAGUACUCCCAUGUGUCCCCUUUGGAGCUGGACAAGUUCCUGGAGGACGUCAAGAAUGGGAUAUACCCCCUCAUGAACUUUGCGUUAUCGCGGCCCCACCCUGUCCCCCGUGCCCUCUCCCUGUCCCAUGAACAGGUGGAGUCGGUAAAGACCCCCACCCCUGAGCCCCAAGAGACAGAGAGCAGAAAGGUGAUUCAGAUGCACUGUAACUUGGAGUCAAAUGAAGAAGGGACCAAAACUCAUCUCUCUCUGUUUCUUAAGAUGGAUGACAAGCUCCAUCGACAACUCAGCUGUGACAUCCUUCCAAAUGACAGCUCCAAAGACCUUGCCAAUGAACUUGUUCACUACGCUUUCAUAAGUGAGGAGGACUGUGAGAAGCUGGCAGGGUUCCUUGAGGAUGCACUCACCAGACACAAGGGCAAAGCCUCUGGAACCACACAGUGAGAAGGGUCCGUUAUGAAAACUGGCUCACAGAGAGGGGCCUCAUGCAUUGACCACUCAAAGAGAAAGGGGCCAGAAGGCAGGAUCCCUCAGCCAGGAUCAGAGGGGUCGUGUCCAGUGAGGGUUUGAGGGAUUGUGCCUGGUGAUUGGUGGAUCAUCCCAUAGAGGGCUAGGAUAGGCCAGGAUUGAGAGGGGCAGGAAGCAUCUCUGGUUGGAGGACCCAUAGACAUCAUGGCUACAGUGCAUUCGGAAAGUAUUUAUUUUUUUACGUUACAGCCUUAUUCUAAAAUGGAUUAAAAAAAAACAAUUUCCUCAUCAACCUACACACAAUACCCCAUAAUGACAAAGUGAAAACAGGUUUAAAGAAAUAUUUGCAUAAAAAAUAUUUCUUUGUAUUAAAAAUAAAAAAACAGAUACCUUAUUUACGUAAGUAUUCAGACCCUUUGCUAUGAGACUCGAAAUUGAGCUCCGGUGCAUCCUGUUCCCAUUUAUCAUCCUUGAGAUGUUUCUA